CAUUCGAAUUAAUGAUACUUUUCGAUGAGUACUUUCUCGUCGUUUUAAUACAUAUUAUGCUUAUGAUCUGGAGAAAAUGAACUACAACAACAUUUUUUCGAAAACUCUAAUCCAACUGGCACGAUCUUUAAGCUCUCUGCAACCGUCACCUUGGGAAAAGGUAUCUAGAAUACGCAACCUUUGCCCAACAAAUGGAACUCAAGUGUAUGUUAUUGAUGGGAGAGGACAGGAUGCUGUGAUUGCCCUGGGUGUCUACUUUCUGGAAUCCAAACUGCAGUACAAGGAUGUGUUAUUGCCCUACUUCCUGGAGUUCCUGAAAGGACUGCCUGCUGCAGUAUGGGUUCAUGGGCCAGCCACGAAGGAAACAUACAAGUUGCCGAAGACCGAGUGUUUCAGUUUCUUUUUGAAUACAAUCCUCAGUGAUGUGGCUUUGAGAGAUCCAGAAAACAGAAAUGUUAUAAUAAAUACACAGCUUGAGGUUCUGGAACGGCUCUGUCAUAUGUGUGAAGGGAAGGAGGAAAUAGAUAAAGAUGCCCUGUGUAAGAAUAUUAUUCCAAUAUUACUUGGCAUGGCGCGGGCAAUGGGCAGAUCAAGUGAUGUUGAGGAGUCACUCAUAUCUCAGCUGUAUGCACCUCAGAAGUUUGUACCUUGCUCCACAGAGAGCAAUCAAGUGGAAGGCCAGGGGAAGGCAUUUACAUCAUUUCGCCCAAUCCUUCCCCGCACACUAUCAAGUCACAUGAUCACACCAGAUACACCCUCAACCCCCUCAGCUCUGUCAGCCUCACUUGACUACUUUGACAUCCACAGAGAGAGGUCCCCCUCCCCCCAGCCCCCUCCGAAAUAUCAGAGCUCAACCAGCCCUCCCCGAGAGGCCACCCCAGACCUGAAGCAGAUCUACUCUAAUAUCUGUGGCUCGAGCUUCACACAGGUCAAGCCAUGGGGGCUAGAGAUUAUUCCUGAGCAUAAGCACCUCAAGUUCACAAUGAAACAACUUAAGAAGCUAUUUGAACUUGCCCAAAGACUAUUGGACAAGGACUUGCAGAGACGUCUGGAUGAUUUUCUGGAGGACGCACAUGCUGAAUGUCAUACGGGCAGGAUGUCCCACUUCCUGUACCAGACGUACAGUGAGGUUCUUACCCUCGUGGUCAUAACCCUGCUCCGAGAUAUCAUGGAACAUGAGAAAGAUCUGCCGAAUGCGUUCAUGAAGGAGAUUGAAGUAUUCAUCAAGAGUCAGUGGUCGUGGACACAGCAGGAGCUAGAGAGGAAGUACCAGCAUCACAAGGAAACGCGUCGCAGCAGCGAUUUGGCCACAUAUGAGCUUAUUGUGUACAGCGGAGCCGCUUGUAUUGACCUGAUGUUCUGGGCUGUACAUGAGGAAUCUGAAGCUGAAAACUUGUGCAUGAAGUUGACUGAGAAAAUAUCUACCAAUACGGAGAAAAAGCUUCUGCUGUCUAAUGCUCCAAUUUUGUUGGUGUGCUUGGAGUCCAUUGGGAAGCUUGCUGUGAAGUUUCCCAUUCUGGCAUCCACCAUGGUGUCUUCACUGCGGGACUUCCUCGUCACACCAUCCCCCAUCCUGAGCAAGCUGAACAAGUAUGCUAACCCAAGUGCUCGAUCCAAUAUCACCAUCACUGUGACGGACGAGACACGCUCAAGCCAGCGCAAGCAAGGACCUACAGACAAACUCACUAAAAUUCUACAGAAUGUCCUUGACUGUGCUAUUAUCAACAUCUGCAGAGCCCUCAAGUCGGGCCUGACAGUGGAGCCACAGUGUGUACAGGCGUUCCUGGCCUCCAUCUCGAACAGGCUGUAUCGGGCUGAGAUGAGUGACAGACAGAACAACAACUCUAAAAAUGCUGAGGAACGCUGGAGUCAGCUCCGCAUUGUUAUGAAGUUUUUACGACCUACUGCGCUUAAGAUGUCAGCUGCUGAUAUAGAAAGGGAGUCGGCGCUGAUAUCUACUAACACGAUCCUGACGCUGGGACAUGUUGCUGUGUCGCUGCGGGACACGGCUAAGACUGUAGAGUCAGUCUUGCAGAUCUUCCAACAGCGAUUCUGCUCACCGCCCUCCACCCUCGACAUUCUCAUCGUGGACCAGCUCGGCUGUAUGAUCAUGGCAGGAUGUUCAUCAAUCUACCAGGAGGUGAUGGCCAUGUUUAGGGAGAUAAGCAUCAUGAGCAGCGCCCCCUAUAACAAUAUUGAGAAAGAUGAGAAGGUCAAAGGUUACAGGAGUUGCUCAUCUGCAGUGAUCAAUGCAUUCAUGAACAUUGCUGCAAACAUCAAUGGGGAGGAGACACAGCAAGACUUUCUCAACAGAAUCCUCGAACUAUUUGUCAAUAUGGGACUGGAGGCAAAACGUGUUAGCGAUAAGCACUCCGGACUCAUGAAGGCAUCCAGUAGUGCAGGCAAUCUAGGAGUUCUUAUUCCUGUGAUAGCCACAUUGAUACAGAGAAUGCCGACAAUCACGGACCCCCGACAGAGGCUGCAGAAACUUUUCCGUGAUUUCUGGCAGUACUGUGUUGUGUUCAUGUUUGCUGAGGACACGGGGCUGUGGCCGCAUGAGUGGUUCGAGGGCGUGUGUGAGAUUGCCAAGAAGUCCCCACUUCUGAUAUCUGAGGGUCAUCUGAGGUCCGAACUGCUCCAUAAUGUUGCACUCAAGAAUGAUACUGUCUCGCCAACGGAGCUUAAUGACCUACGUGCAAAUAUCUGCUCGCUGCUUGGCAACAUUCCCGAGGUGGAUCAGUAUGUGAAGAACCUGACGUUUGCACAGUGUACUUACCUUCUGUCUGUAUACAGGCUCGAAAUACUCAGGGUGACUCACUCCAAAGAUUCGAAGGCAUUUCACAGUCUGUUUUGCUACCUGGAGGACAACAUCAUCUUCAAGGACAAGGCUGGAAUGUGGCAGUGUAUAAGAGCAGUGGCCAACAAGGCCUUCGAGAAGUUUCUUGAUAUCACCAUUGAAAGGGGUCGUUCUGAUGAGCGUGAGCAGGAGAUGGAGACUCACGCUCAAUUCCUGCUUGUCAAGUUCAACCACAUCCAUGGGAGGAUAAGACGUGUGGCAGACAAAUACCUCAUCAUGCUCAUUGAAAAAUUCCCCCACCUACUGUGGAGCGGAGCCGUAUUGAAGACCAUGUUGGACAUACUCCAACUUCUUGCCAGGUCACUAGAAGCAGACCCCCACCAGCAUGCCCCAGAGUUCCAGGUUCCGAGGACAGACUACAUCCUCCGUGUCAAGGACAACAUGGUCGAUAGAGAGAACACAGUGAAGGACUUUGCGGCGCGUAGUGCCCAGAUCUUACAGGAGGCUAUGAAGUGGGCUCCUCAGGCGACACGCUCUCACCUGAUGGAGUACCUGCUAGAGAUUGAGAACACGUCACAGGCCCUCUUUCAGCACUCCGGACUCGCGCUCGCCACAGAGAGUGUACUCAACUACGCUGGGUACCACAGGAAUGCUGCCGCGCUCGGGACUUCUACACUAGAACGGCGCCCGAAAUGUGUGACCACAGACAGUUCCAGUUUCAUGGCCAACCUGAGUCUACGCAGCAGGUUCAUGGGAGAGAUUUCUGGAAUGAGAAGCAUCUGUAGAGAUGAAGAGCUUGUCAAGCUCCUGUGCGACAGACUGGAAGUGGCAUGCAAACAGACUGUAAGGAAGCAGAGAUUUCUUAAGUUACACAUCCCUGGAGAUGGGGAGGAGUGUAAACAGGCCAUGUUCCGGGUCAGCUCCCUACUCAUAGCCAUGAACGAUCUGAACAAGGCGUUGUUACAUGCAGUGUGCUGGACACCGGUCAAGCACUUCACAGAGAUGACCAUGAAGGCUGCUGUGGCCUGCUGGGAGUGGAUCCUUGCCUCUAAACCACACUGGAGCACAGAGUUCCUUUGUGAGAUGUCUGCUGCCUGGCAGUUGACCAUUGACAUGAAGCUUGGAAUAUUCCGGGAGGACCCACCCCGUGUUGACCCCCUCGCCAAGACUGAGGGUCAGGUUCUUCACCCACAGGCUCCCUAUGUCGCCCCUCACAAUAUCUGGACCAAGUUCUUGCAGGAGCGUAUGGAGAUUGCGAAGUACAGCAGCACCAACCACGUACAGAUGUUCGUCACGCUCAUCAACAAGUCCCUGCUGCUCACUGUUGGACGCACACCCGCACAGAUAUCCAGACAUCCUGCCUCCCUCGGGCCAAGACUCAGGUUGUUAUCCAUGGGCCUGUCACUGCUCCAGGGAGACAUGUUACCCAACAACAUCAGCAAGGGAGUGCUGCGUGAGAGGGUCUACAACACCGCACUAGACUUCUAUGCUGGUCCAGUGAUUGUGCCCACUCAGCGUGGAAUGGAGCUGAGGGAGGAUGUCCGCACACUGGUACAGUUCUGGAUGCUUGUCCACACAGACAAGAAGUACCUAAACGUUAACAUCUUCCCAGCUAGCACUGAACGCGAGCCGAUGGAGGAUUACUCCAGUGUGAACCAGAUGACCAUUUCCAGCGCGGACCUGGCACAGUCUCGCAAGUGGCUCAUGAACAUCAACAGUGGGGCCAGCACCUACUCCAGGAAGAAUGCCAUUGCAGCAAUGGUGGUUCUUAAAGGCAGUGUAAAGACAAAGGACCCCAACAAUUCAUACCAGAAGGACUACCUGAAGAAGAGGAAUCUCCUUCUCACCAUGCUGACAAGCACAAUAGAGCUGUUCACAACGUGGUUAAACCCAAUGCAGCUGCUAGAAUUACGAGUCCCUGAUGAGGAUAAGCCCAUGGCUUGGGCGUCGGCGUCCAUCUCUGACAAGAGUUGGAGGGAGAAUGCCCGCCUGGGAUGGGAGAUAUCCCCUGUACUGGCAGUCUUCAUGCCUUCAAGAUUCCAGAACUCAGAGUCGCUAGAGCGUGAGAUAAUUCGUCAAGUAAGCCUGAACCCGAUUGCAGUUAGCCACGUUCCAGAGGCCAUAGAGUACCUCGUUACUCCCUCCAGCCUGGAGGCAGACUCCCCUGUGUUAAGCCAUGCUCUGACCUGGUGCCGUAUCUCGCCACUGAUGUGCCUGUCCUACUUCUCCCGUCAGUACCAGGUGCACCCGCUCACCGCCCAGUGUGCCGUCAGACAGCUGCGGGAGACACCCACUGAGGUCCUCCUAUUCUACAUACCUCAGCUGGUGCAGGCAAUCAGAUAUGAUUCUUUUGGUUAUGUGACAGACUUUAUCCGGUGGGCGGCUACAAACUCCCAGCUUUUGGCCCACCAACUUCUGUGGAACAUGAAGACUAACAAGUUCCGAGACGAGGAAGGAGAACAGCCUGAUGAGGAGAUCGGGGAGCAGGUCGAAACGUUAAUGGCCGAGAUCCAGAAGAACCUGUCUGGUGCGGCCCUCGACUUCUACAAGCGAGAGUUUGACUUCUUCGGACAGAUCACAGACAUCUCCAGGAUCAUCAAACCGUAUCCCAAAGGUCCUGAGAGGAAGAAGGCAUGUCUGGAGGCCCUCAGUCAAAUAAAGCUGCAAAAAGGCUGUUACCUGCCUUCCAACCCUGAGGCAAUUGUGAAGGAGAUAGACUACAAGUCUGGAACUCCCAUGCAGAGUGCGGCUAAGGCCCCAUUCUUGGCACGGUUCAAAGUUCAGCCGUGUGGGAUUCACCAGCUUGAGAAUUUGGGGCUUGGGGACACUGCGGAUCAUGGGACCAGGGCAGAUAAUUCACCAUCAUCAUCAUCAUCCCUCGUCUGGCAGGCCAGCAUCUUCAAGGUUGGAGAUGAUGUACGUCAGGACAUGCUAGCCCUGCAAGUGAUCAGUCUGCUUCGGAAUAUUUUUCAACAAGCAGGCCUGGAGCUCUACCUUGCUCCAUAUAGAGUGGUUGCUACUGCACCCGGUUGUGGGGUGAUAGAGUGUGUUCCUAACAGCAAGUCACGUGAUCAAAUUGGGAAGGUAACUGACAUCAGUUUGGAUCAGUACUUUACACAGAAAUAUGGCGACCAUGACACGGCUUUAUACCAAGAUGCUCGGCGUAAUUUCAUCAUGAGCAUGGCUGGGUACAGCCUUGUCAGCUUCCUGCUCCAGAUCAAGGACAGACAUAAUGGCAACAUCAUGAUUGACUCCAGCGGACAUCUCAUACACAUAGAUUUUGGGUUCAUGUUCGAGAGUUCACCUGGUGGAAACCUGGGCUGGGAGCCGGACAUGAAGUUGACAGAGGAGAUGAUCUACAUCAUGGGUGGGAAAAUGGAGGCAGAGCCAUUCCAAUGGUUCAUGGAGCUGUGUGUGCAGGGAUAUCUUGCUGUCAGGCCACACCAGAAUGCCAUCCUGUCCCUGGUAUCCUUGAUGCUGGACACAGGCCUGCCAUGUUUCCGUGGCAAUACAAUAAAACAGCUCACCGCCCGCUUCAUGCCCAACUCCAAUGAGAGGGAGGCAGCAAACUACAUGCAUGAAAUCAUUAAGAAGUGCUAUCUGAGCUUCUGGGCCAAGUCUUAUGACGCCAUCCAAGCAGCCCAGCAAGGAAUAUACCAUUAGACAUGAAAGCUGUUGAUUCCUAAAAAACCUGCUGCCAAAAACAUGAUGAAAAAAAUAUAUUAAGUGGUUUAUGUUAGUGCUUCAGGGUGUUUUUAAUUGCUUCAAGGAAUGUAUACUCUUGAUUGUAGCAGACAAACAUGUUAUGUGUUAGGUAUUUAUAAAUUAAUUGUAUAUUUUGAGUGUGUCAGAUUUUUAUUAUGUACAUGUAUGUAUCUUUUAAUUGUAUUAAAUCCAGUCAAUACAAGUAAAUGGAACAUUUAAACGUGAUUCCAUUACACUGGUUGUUAUCCCCCGAACUGAAGACUUUGGGAGGAGGAUAUUGUUUUGGCAUUGUCAGUCUGUCUGCCCGUCCUUCUGCCACAUUUGUUUACUAUAUCUGGGAAGGGAUUGGUCAGGUAAUGUUCAAAUUUGGUCAGAAUGUUUUUCUUGAUGAAAUUUUCACCGCUUGUUAAAGUAAGUCACAUGGGGUCAAAAACUAGGUUACUAGGUCAAAUCUUAGAAAAAUCUUUGGAAGACACUAGGGACAUUAUAUUUGGUCCAAAAUAUAUGAAACUUAGUCAGAAUGUUUAAAUUGAUUAACUAAACUCAUGGAUUUAUGUGAAACUAGGGCUUUCGGUGUUAAAAACUAGGUCACUAAGUCAAAUGAUUUGUUUGUCUCAAACCAUAUCUUGGUAGGGAUUGGUUAGAUUAUGUUUAAACUCGCUCAGAAUGUUCCCCUUGAUCAAGAUCUACCUUAAACAGCAUGUAAAAGUGGGUCACAUUGGGUCAAAAACUAGGUCACAAGGUCAAGUCAUAGAAAAAUCUUUAAAACACACUAGAGGCAUUUAUUUAGUCCCCUUUUCAUCAAACUUAAUUAGAAUGUUUCCCUUGAUAAACUCUUGCACUAAUAUGAAAUUAGGUUACAUAUCAUCAAAAACUAGAUAACUAGGUUAAAACUUUUUUUUUGUCUGGAAACAUAUCUAAAUGCAUUUCAACAGUGGGUCAAAAACUAGGUCACUAGGAAAAUUUAAAAACAACAACUUAGGAACAUACUAGAGGCAAUAUAUCGGGUCCAAUAUUUAUAAAACUUAAUCAGAAUGUUUUCAAGUUGAUGAAAUCAAAAGACUAGAUUAAAACUGGGUCACCUGAGCUCAGAAACUAGAUCAUUAGGUCAAAUUUUUGAAUAAUCAGUUGAGGAACGAAAUAUUGGUAUUGAUUGGUCAGAUUUUGUUCAAACUGUUUUGACUUGAUGUAAUCUUGAUAGACUUUAAAAGUGUGCAUAUCGGGUCAAAAAGGAGGUAAAAUCUUAAAGAAACCUUGGAAACAAACAGAGGCAAUAUAUCCACUCCAAUCUUAUAUUUUUGCCCUAUUUCUAGUCUAAUCUUCAUGAAACUUAAUCAGAAUGUUUGCUUGAUAAAAUAGUUUGAAACUGGGUAAUGUGGGGUCAAAAACGUGGUUACUAGGUCAAAUCUAAAUGCUACACUAUAUACAAUAUUCUUUAAUAUCAAACAGUUGCAAACAAACUCAUAUCUCAUAUCCAAUGAGUCCAUCACUCUGUAGCCGUAUUGUAAGUCUUGAUUGUAACAUUUUACCAGCACAUGAUUUCCAUGCCAUCUACUUUGCCCAAUCUGGCGGGAAUAUCAAUUUGCUUGUUAUAGAAUAAAUAUGCAACUAGGUUGAAAAUAUUCUUAGGCUUAUAGUUCUUGAGGUUAGUUCUGACUUCAAAUUAAUGUUCAUAUGCAGAGAACAUGAAUAACCCCCUUAUACAAUCAGUAAGUUUAGUUUUGACAACCGUGUUUCAUACCAUGUAUUUUUUGUAACUUUAGAGAAUAUAUGAUAGAUGCUUGUAGAUGGGAAGUGUUGAAUAGAGAUCUACCAUCUAUGUACCAUUGUAUUUAUUUUUAUGAUGGGUUAUGUGCAAUCAUGGUUAUUUGCUGUGGUGAUUUUAUCUGAUGUAUUGAAUUUAAACAUGAUUAAACUAGUUUAAACAAUUGUCCAUAAGAAUCCUAUUUAUAUACCGUAACUUUGUAUUUAGUAUAGCCCUUGUAUGUUCAUUUUGUGAUUAAUAGUGUACCCAACAAUUCUAGUACAACAUUAUCAAAUUUGAUUAUUAUCAUGGCUUAUGAAAUAAAUUCUGAAAACAUU